UUGUUGCUUUGACUGUGUCCUGACCGCUAGCUGAUUAACUAUGAAGUAAAAGGAGGGGAGAAAAAACUUUAUCUAAAUAAGAAACGCAUGGUGACGUCAAAGAUAACCGCAGAUUGAACUGAACGCCUGCUUGAAAUGUUUACAUGCAGAUAGCAAACGGUCAUCGCUUCCAUACUGGCUGAAUAAGCGGUCUGCUGUGGAGCAGCCAGUCAAGAUGGACACCGCUGAGGAAGCGGACAUCUGUCGGGUCUGUCGGUCAGAGGGGACCCAGGACAAACCGCUCUACCACCCUUGUGUUUGCACAGGCAGCAUCAAGUUUAUCCAUCAGGAAUGCUUACUGCAGUGGUUAAAACAUAGUAGAAAAGAAUACUGUGAAUUAUGCAAACACCAGUUUGCAUUUACACCAAUCUACUCUCCAGACAUGCCAUCUCGCUUGCCUGUCCAGGAUAUCUUUGCAGGGCUGGUCACCAGUAUUGGAACAGCCAUUAGAUACUGGUUCCACUACACACUGGUGGCCUUUGCCUGGCUCGGUGUGGUGCCUCUCACAGCAUGUCGUAUCUACAAGUGUUUAUUUACUGGCUCCGUGAGCUCUCUUCUUACCCUGCCUUUAGAUAUGCUUUCAACGCAAAACCUGCUUGCCGACUGCCUCCAGGGCUGUUUUGUGGUCACAUGCACACUGUGUGCCUUCAUCAGCCUGGUGUGGCUCAGAGAGCAGAUUGUCCACGGUGGCGCCCCUCAGUGGUUAGAGCAGAAUCAGCCCCCUCUGGUUCCUAACCAGCCCAACGGCCCGGCACCAGCUAAUGAGGGUGGUAACGCUGCACUCAAUGCCCAGGCCGGUGUCGAUGCCGCAGCUGCCCAGAACCCUGCUGACCGUGCUCCAGACCAGCUGGCACACGCCAACCCACAAGAAGCCGGCAACCACGGAGAUGAAGCCGAACUGGACGAUGAUGAGGAUGACGACGACGGGGAGGAUGACGACGAUGACGACGAUGACGAUGAGGAAGGCAGGGAAGAGGAUGCUGCUGAUGUCAAUAAUGCAGGGCAAGAAGAUUUGAACUGGAACGCCCUGGAGUGGGACCGUGCUGCAGAGGAGCUGACCUGGGAAAGGAUGCUUGGGCUGGAUGGUUCCCUAGUUUUCUUGGAGCAUGUUUUCUGGGUGGUGUCUCUCAACACGCUCUUUAUCUUGGUAUUUGCUUUUUGCCCGUAUCACAUUGGCCAUUUCUCAGUGGUAGGACUGGGCUUUGAAGACUAUAUCAAAGCCUCACACUUUGAUGGCCUCAUCACCACCAUCCUGGGGUACAUCCUCCUGGCUGGAGCUCUCAUUGUCUGCCAUGCACUGGCUUCAUUAGUGAAGUUCCAGCGGUCCAAACGCCUCCUGGGUGUCUGCUACAUUGUUGUCAAGGUGUCCCUGCUGGUUGUCAUGGAGAUAGGCUUGUUCCCGCUGAUUUGUGGUUGGUGGCUUGACAUUUGUUCGCUGGAGAUGUUUGAUGCCACUCUCAAGGACAGGGAGCAGAGUUUUGACUCGGCUCCUGGCACCACCAUGUUCCUCCACUGGUUGGUCGGUAUGGUCUACGUCUUCUACUUUGCCUCCUUCAUUCUCCUGCUCAGAGAGGUGCUUCGGCCAGGUGUACUUUGGUUCCUGAGGAACCUGAACGAUCCAGACUUCAACCCGGUCCAAGAGAUGAUCCACCUGCCCAUCUACAGACACCUACGGAGGUUUAUACUCUCUGUGGUGGUGUUUGGCUCCAUAGUUCUGCUGAUGCUUUGGCUUCCCAUCAGAAUCAUUAAACUGUUUUUCCCAACCUUCCUUCCCUACAAUGUCAUGCUGUACAGUGACGCCCCGGUUAGCGAGCUGUCGUUGGAGCUGCUGUUGCUUCAGGUUGUUCUGCCGGCGUUGUUGGAGCAGGGUCACACUCGCCAGUGGCUCAAACGCCUCGUCCAUGCCUGGACAUUCACAGCUGGAUACGUGUUUGACCUUCACUCAUACCUGCUGGGCGACCAUGAAGACGAGGACAACCAACCAAAUAACCCUCCCGGUCGCCAUAACAACAACCGGAUUCCCGGUCUGGGGGAGGGGCUUCACGCUGCCCAUCAGGCCAUUCUGCAGCAGGGCGGUCCAGUGGGUUUCCAGCCGUACCACCGGCCCGUCAACUUCCCACUCAAGAUCGUUCUGCUCAUUGUCUUCAUGUGUGUGACACUGUUGCUAGCUAGCCUAAUCUGCCUUACUUUGCCGGUGUGUGUUGGUCGAUGGCUGAUGUCUUUCUGGAUGGGCAGCGCCAUGGUUCAUGAGCUGUACACGGCAGCCAGUGGUCUGUAUGUGUGCUGGCUGUCCAUUCGAGCCGCCACAGUGCUGCUGUCCUGGAUGCCACAGGGACGGACAGUCAUCAUGCUCAAAGUCCACGAGUGGGCGCUUAUGAUCCUGAAGACCGUAGUGGUCGCCGUGCUGUUAGCCGGGGUGAUUCCUCUGCUGUUGGGUCUGCUGUUUGAGCUGGUCAUCGUUGCUCCUCUCAGAGUCCCACUGGACCAGACACCUCUGUUCUACCCCUGGCAGGACUGGGCCUUGGGUGUGCUUCAUGCUAAAAUCAUUGCUGCCAUAACAUUGAUGGGGCCUCAGUGGUGGCUCAAAACUGUUAUCGAACAGGUCUAUGCAAAUGGUAUCCGAAACAUCGACCUCCAUUUCAUCGUGCGAAGGCUUGCUGCCCCAGUCAUCUGUGUCCUGCUGCUGUCUCUCUGUUUGCCCUACACCAUCUCUAAAGGCAUCACACCACUGCUGGGAGUGCAGCCAAAGAUGCAGACGCUGGUGGAAAGGAGAAUCUAUCCUUUCCUGCUGAUGGUGGUCAUGCUGUUGGCCAUCCUGUCCUUUCAGAUACGUCAAUUCAGACGCCUCUACGAACACAUCAAAAAUGACAAAUACCUGGUUGGACAGCGACUGGUGAACUAUGAACGUAAGACAGGAAGGAGCACGUCCACCUCCUCCUACAGCACCUCCUCAUAGACCUGACACCGCUGUAGGAUCAGUGGAGCCGACUCGCUCUGCUCUUGCAGUGAAAACUCCCUGCUUGACUGUCAACUUAAAACACAACCUGUAAACUUUUGACUACAGCCUGAUCCUUUUGUUCACCCACAUCAACAUCUGCAGCAAUCACAGGUGGGGAGACGUUGAAGAUGAACACAGAAGUCUUCACAGAAAAAGAAUUUCUGAACAAGGUUGUUAAUCAACCUUCAGGAAACUGUCAGCAUGACUGAAUCUCAGCAGAACCACAAACUGUCCGUCUUUUUACACGUGUCCGGUUUUCGCCUCUGAUGCAGCUGACAUUUUCAUUCGUAUUUACUUUGUUUUUACAAAGGUUUGGGUUGAAGUCGGGUCACUCGAGCAUAGCUUUUACCUCAAAUUGUGCUUCCCUUUGAAUGUUUGUUGUGAAAUAUUGUCUCGGUCGCACUGAGCGUCUUUUAGACAUUUUUAGAGCAGUGGAGGAGAUAUUUGGACUAUAACGGAAAUGCCUCCAUGGUCCUAUUUCCAUUGCUGAUUUUUCUCAAAUGACACCCUUCAUCAACUUGAGGCUGUCAGUGAUAAGGAGGGACAUAGAUGAUGUAGCAAUGUGAUUGUAUUGUUUUUAGAUGUUAGGUGUGUUUUCAUAGAUUUUUUUCGUGUUAUAUUUCUGGAGUGAGCUGGUAGAUAGUCCUCUGAGGAUUCCUUUGAACUGAAGAUGUAGAAAAAGAAAAGAAGAAAGUGACUUUUUUCUGUGGACACUG